UUUAGUUGAGGUUAGGGUGGUCUGUCGAGGAGCUCCCGCCCCCUGCGACUUGUCCACCGGUCUGCGGGGGAGUUGAGCCUGGUUGUAAACCUCCACACGGUGCGGUUCUCAGAGUAAUGGCUGUCUACAAGAAGACGGAACAUCUGGCAGAUGUGGUCCGCAGGUGUCCACAUCACCAGAAUGGAGACGCUGCAGACCAUCGCAGUCAUUUGAUCAGAGUGGAGGGCAGCCAAAGGCCUCAGUAUCUUGAGGAUUACAACACAAAAAGGCACAGUGUGACUGUUCCCUAUGAGCCGCCCCAGCCGGGCUCAGAGAUCACCACAAUCCUGUUCAACUUCAUGUGCAACAGCUCCUGCAUGGGAGGCAUGAACCGCAGACCCAUCCUCACCAUCCUGACCCUUGAGACUUCAGACGGACAACUUUUGGGCCGAAGAUGCUUCGAGGUGCGUGUCUGCGCGUGUCCCGGCAGGGAUCGUAAAACAGAGGAGGCAAAUAGUGCCAAACUUCAGACAGGGGCCAAACAAGUGAAGAAAAGAAAAAGUGCCCCAGCAACAGAUCCUAAUAUGUGCAAAAGGAAGUCUGGCUCAAGCACAGACGAGGAGGAAGUAUUUAUGUUGCCAGUUAAAGGCCGUGAGCGCUAUAACAUGUUAAAAAAGAUAAAUGAUGCAUUAGAACUGGCUGAAAAAGAGGCUAAAAACAAAACCAGGGCUUCUAAGGAACUGCUGCCGUCCAGUGGAAAGAAGCGCGUCUUGCAAAAAGCAGAACGAAGCGACAGCGACUAGUUGCAAUCUGCCUUCUUUUAACCACCAUGUACGAGUACGAACAUCUACGAUCAUGACUAUGAAUCAUUGUUUACCUCCCUUUGAUGUUUCUACAUUAAUUCCUGCCAUCAGUCUGAGGGCAUACGUUGAGCAGUAACGUAUUAACGAUUCAGUGGGGCUUUACUAUUUUUAACUACAAAGCCCUUUAAAUAGUUUUUUUUUAUCUCCUGCAGGUUAUGUUCAGUGUUGCUUCCUGGCCAA